AUGAGGCACCAUCGCUUCGAAGAGUCGGACAAACCUGCCCAGAUGCAAUACUCCAGAAUCAUCCAUAAAGUCCUUCCUUUCCUAUGGCCUGAGAAUCUUCAACUGCGUUUCCGCGUCGUCAUCUGUGUUCUCCUCAUCAUCUCCGCGCGUGUAGCGAACGUGAUGGUACCUCAGCUCUACAAGGGAAUCAUCGACUCGCUGACCGGCAGCAAGACAGCCGAUCCUUUGUUUCCUCUUGGAUACAUCAUCAUCUACACCGGCCUGAAGCUCUUCCAGACAUUGCAAAGGGAUGCCAGAGGGUUCGUGUGGUUGGACGUGGAGCAAGACACAAACAAAAGGAUCAAGUUGGCGAUCUUCUCGCACCUCCACUCGCUCUCACACUCCUACCAUAUCAGUAGAAAGACAGGAGAGGUCCUCAAGGUCACUGAAAGAGGAGCCAGCAGCCUUCAGUCGCUGCUCAACAUGGCCUUGUUCACCAUCGGGCCGACGAUCUUCGAUCUUAUCCUCAUCUGCACAGUGCUGAUGAUCGACACGGACGUUGCAUGCUCGCUCGUGAUCCUCGUGUCUAUGGUGGUGUACUUCUACAUAACUAUCUACAUGAACGACUGGAGGAAGCAGUUCCGCCGCGCCAUGAUCGAUGCGGACAAUCAGUGCAGCGAUCGAGCUGUGAACUCGCUCAUGAACUUUGAGACGGUGAAGUUCUUCGGGAUGGAGAGGAAGGAGUGCGAGUACUUCGAGGAGAACCUCGUCGACUACAACCGAGCGGCUUGGAAGAACGAGGCCUCUCUUUAUGCACUCAAUGCUGCACAGCAGACUACCCUAGCAGCCGGAGCGUUUCUGUGCAUGUACAUCUCAGGAAAGAAGGUGGUGGAUGGAAGCUUGACUGUGGGAGAUUUCGUGAUGAUCCAGACCUACAUCGUGCAACUUUCUCAGCCCCUUGCGUGGUUGGGAACAGCCUGGAGGGUUUUACAGCAGGCCUUCAUUGACAUGGAGAAGAUGUUUGAGUUGCUGGAUGUCAAGGCAAGAGACUACGACUACGGCAAAUCCGAAGUGCUCCCUUCCUUGCUCCCUUCCCUUCCCCUCCCUCACCUCCCUCAGGUACUCUCAGACCUCUCCUUUGAAAUUCCUGCCGGACACACCGCGGCGUUCGUUGGGAAGACAGGAGCAGGCAAGAGCACCAUCGCGCGUCUGCUCAUGCGCUUCUACGAGCUGGACACGAAGGAACAAGGAGCCGUGUGCGUUGAUGGCAUGGAUAUCCGCAAGGUCAAACAGCAGUCGCUGCGAGAGGCCAUCGGCAUCGUGCCGCAGGACGCUGUGCUGUUCAACGACACAAUCAGGUACAACUUGGCCUACGGCAGGCAAGAUGCAACUCUGGAGGAGAUAAUGGAAGCCGCUAGGAUUGCUGCUGUGCAUGACACGAUCAUGAACUUCCCCGACAAGUACGAGACGAGGGUAGGGGAGAGGGGCUUGAAGCUGUCCGGGGGAGAGAAGCAGGUGGCUAUCGCCAGGACCAUCCUGAAGAAUCCGAAGAUCGUUCUCCUCGACGAGGCCACCAGCGCGCUGGACUCGCACACGGAGUAUGAGAUCCAGGGAGCGCUGGAGGAGAUGUGCAAGGGAAGGACGACGCUCAUUAUCGCCCAUCGGCUCUCGACCGUUACACAUGCUCACGUCAUCUUUGUGCUCGAGGGAGGGGCCAUCAUCGAGAAGGGGGCGCAUUCCGAGCUCCUCCUCAAGGACGGCGUCUAUGCCUCCAUGUGGAAACGGCAGCUAGAGAAACGAGAGAUCACUGUGGUUGGCAAGGAAGAGGAGGAGGGCGCGGCCGACUGA